GGGCGGAGAGUCCGCUGGCUUCGCUGCUUUGCUGGUCUGGGCGGCGGCGGCAAGCGGGGACGCGGCGGGUGGCGCAUCACGGGUGUUGAAGCAGGAGGAACAGUCUCAUUGUUCCGGGAACCUUCGCGACAGCAGGUCCCCUUCUCGUUCGGCCCGGCCCCUCUGCGUCCUCCCCAACCCCCACAACCGCCUGCGGCUCUGAGAAGCGGCUUCCGCGGCCGCAGCAGCUGCAGUAGCAUCUCCGACCCGCCAGCCAUGGAAGACCUGGACCAGUCGCCUCUGGUCUCGAGCUCGGACAGCCCGCCCCGGCCUCAGCCAGCGUUCAAGUACCAGUUCGUGAGGGAGCCCGAGGACGAAGAGGAAGAGGAGGAGGAGGAGGAAGAGGAAGAGGAGGAAGACGAGGAUCUGGAGGAACUGGAGGUGCUGGAGAGGAAGCCCGCCGUCGGGCUGUCUGCGGCCCCGGUGGCCCCCGCCGCCAGCACGCCCCUGUUGGACUUCGGAAAUGACUUCGUGCCCCCGGCGCCCCGGGGACCCCUGCCGGCCGCGCCCCCCGCCGCCCCGGAGCGGCAGGCGUCCUGGGACCCGAGCCCCGUGUCGUCGACUGCGCCGGCGCCAUCCCUGCCGUCCGCUGCCGCAGCCUCGCCUUCCAACCUGCCCGAGGACGACGAGCCUCCGGCCCGGCCGCCCCCCCCACCCCCAGCCGGCGUGAGCCCCCAGGCCGAGCCCGCAUGGACUCCGCCCGCCCCGGCCCCCGCCGCGCCCCCCUCCACUCCGGCCGCGCCCAAGCGCAGGGGCUCGUCGGGCUCCGUGGAUGAGACCCUUUUUGCUCUUCCUGCUGCAUCUGAGUCUGUGAUAUACUCCUCUGCAGAAAAAAAUAUGGACUUGAAGGAGCAGCCGGUUAACACUGUUUCGGCUGGUCAAGAGGAUUUCUCACCUGUCCUGCUUGAAACUGCUGCUUCUCUUCCUUCUCUGUCUCCUCUCUCAGCUGCUUCUUUAAAAGAACGUGAAUACCUUGGUAAUUUGUCAACAGUAUUACCCACCGAAAGAACACUUCAAGAAACCUUAAGUGAAGCUUCCAAAGCGUUCUCAGAAAAGGCAAAAAAUCCAUUUGUAGAUAGAGAUUUAACUGAGUUUUCAGAAUUAGAAUACUCAGAAAUGGGAUCAUCAUCCAGUGUCUCUCCCAAAGCAGAAUCUGCUGUGAUAGCAGCAAACCCCAGGGAAGAAUUAACUGUGGAGAGUGAAGAUGACGAAGAGGAUUUAGUUAGCAGGAACAUCCUUCAUAAUCAACAAGAGUUAUCUGUAGCCCUUACCAAAUUGGCUAAAGAAGACAAAGUUAUGUCUCCAGAAAAAACAAAGGACAGUUUUAAUGCAAAGAAAGGUGCAGUAGAAGCUCCCAUGAGGGAGGAAUAUGCAGACUUCAAACCAUUUGAGCGAGUUUGGGAAGUGAAAGAUACUGUCAAGGAAGAUAGUGAUGUUUUUGCUAACAGAGAGAACAAACUGGAAAGUAAGGUGGAUAAAAAAUGUUUUGCAGAUAGCCUUCAGCAAACUAAUCAUGGAAAAGAUAGUGAAAGCAGUAAUGAUGAUACUUCUUUACCCAGUACACCAGAAGCUGUAAAGGACGGUUCAGGAGCAUAUAUCACAUGUGCUCCCUUUAACCCAGCAGCAACCGAGAGCGUUGCGACAAACAUUUUUCCUUUGUUAGGAGAUAAUACUUCAGAAAAUAAGACUGAUGAAAAAAAAAUAGAAGAAAAGAAGGCCCAAAUUGUAACAGAGAAAAAUAUUAGUACAACCACAUCAAACCCUUUCCUUGUAGCAACUCAGGAUUCUGAGACAGAUUAUGUCACAACAGAUAAUUUAUCAAAGGUGACCGAGGAAGUAGUGACAAGCAUGCCUGAAGGUCUAACCCCAGAUUUAGUACAGGAAGCAUGUGAGAGCGAAUUGAAUGAAGCUACAGGUACAAAGAUUGCGUAUGAAACAAAAAUGGAUUUAGUCCAAACGUCAGACGCUGUGCAGGAGUCGCUCUACCCUGCAGCACAGCUUUGCCCAUCGUUUGAAGAAUCUGAAGCCACUCCUUCACCAGUUUUGCCCGACAUCGUGAUGGAAGCACCAUUAAAUUCUGUAGUUCCUAGCGUUGGUGCUUCUGCAGUUCAGCCCAGUUCAUCACCAUUAGAAACUUCUUCGGUGAAUUAUAAAAGCAUGAAACUUGAGCCUGAAAAUCCCCCACCAUAUGAAGAAGCCAUGAAUGUAUCACUAAAAAAAGUAUCAGAAAAAAAGGAAGAAAUUAAAGAGCCGGAAAAUAAUGCAGCUGUUCAAGAAUCAGAAGCUCCCUAUAUAUCUAUUGCAUGUGAUUUAAUUAAAGAAACAAAGCUGUCUGCUGAACCAACUUCAGAUUUCUCUAAUUAUUCGGAAAUAGCAAAAGUUGAACAGCCAGAGCAUGAUCAUUCUGAGCUAGUUGAAGAUUCCUCACCUGAUUCUGAACCAGUAGACUUGUUUAGUGAUGAUUCAAUACCUGAAGUUCCACAAAAACAAGAUGAAGCUGUGAUACUUGUGAAAGAAAAUCUUACUAAAACUUCAUCUGCGUCAAUGCUACAACAUGAAAAUAAGGGAAAAACCAGCAUUUUACCACCUGAAGGAGGAAAACCAUAUUUGGAAUCUUUUAAGCCCAAUUUAGACACCACAAAAGAUACUGUAUCAGCUAAUGAAGUUUCAACAUUGAGCAAAAAGGAAAAAAUUCCUUUGCAGAUGGAGGAGCUUAAUAAUGUAGUCUGUUCAAAUGAUGGCUUAUUUAUUUCUAAGGAAGCACAAAUAAGAGAAAGUGAAACAUUUUCAGAUUCCUCUCCAAUUGAGAUUAUAGAUGAGUUCCCUACAUUUGUCAGUUCUAAAAAUGACUCUUCUCCGGUAUUAGGCAGGGGAUACACUGACCUAGAAGUAUCCCACGAAAGUGAAAUUGCUGAUGUCCAGGAUGGAGCUGGGUCAUUACCCUGCUCAGAAUUGCCCCAUGAUCUUUCUUUCAAGAGCAUGCAACCUAAAGAUGAAGAGAGUGUCCAUGUCUCAGAUGAAUUUUCCAAAACUAGGUCUGAUGUGACAAAGGUGCCCAUACUGCCUCCAGAUGUUUCUUCGGCUUUGUCCACUCAAACAGGGAUAGGCAGCGUAGGUGAAUCCAAAGUCCUUGUGAAAGAAGCUGAGAAAAAACCCCAUGCAGCAAAGGAAGGCAGAUUACCAUCUGCUAUAUUUUCAGCACAGCUGAGUAAAACAUCAGUUGUUGACCUCCUCUACUGGAGAGAUAUUAAGAAGACUGGAGUGGUGUUUGGUGCCAGCUUAUUCCUCCUGCUCUCGUUGACAGUAUUCAGCAUUGUGAGUGUAACGGCCUACAUUGCCUUGGCCCUGCUCUCUGUGACUAUCAGCUUUAGGAUAUAUAAGGGUGUGAUCCAAGCUAUCCAGAAAUCAGAUGAAGGCCACCCAUUCAGGGCAUAUUUGGAAUCUGAUGUUGCUAUAUCUGAGGAGUUGGUUCGGAAAUACAGUAAUUCUGCUCUUGGUCAUGUGAACUGCACGAUAAAAGAACUCAGGCGCCUCUUCCUAGUUGACGAUUUAGUUGAUUCUCUGAAAUUUGCAGUGUUGAUGUGGGUAUUUACCUAUGUUGGUGCCUUGUUCAAUGGUCUGACACUACUGAUUUUGGCUCUGAUUUCACUCUUCAGUGUUCCUGUUAUUUAUGAACGACAUCAGGCCCAGAUAGAUCAUUAUCUAGGACUUGCAAAUAAGAAUGUUAAAGAUGCUAUGGCUAAAAUCCAAGCAAAAAUUCCUGGAUUGAAGCGCAAAGCUGAAUGAAAAAGUCCAAAAUAAUUAGUAGGAGUUCAUCUGUAAAGGGGAUAUUCAUUUGUGUACAUGGGGGAGGGUCAGGGAAGAAUGAAACCUUGACAUUGCAGUGCAUUUUCACAGAUCUUUAUUUUUAGCAAUGCACUGUUUGUGGAGAAAUUACCUGUCUUGACUGCCAUGUGUUCAGUAUCUUAAGUAUUGUAAGCUGCUAUGUAUGGAUUUAAACCGUAAUCAUAUUUGUUUUUCCUUUAUGAGGCACUGGCAAAUAAAAAAAGAUCUGAGAAGGUUGUAUAUUACACUUUGUUGCAGGUAGUCUUGCUGUGUUUUGGGAAGUUGCAGAGACAGUGGAGCUGAAAAAAAAAACCCUUUUCACAGUUUGUGCGCUAUGUAUGGUCUGUGUAGAUGGAUGCAGAUAUUCUGAAAUGAAAUGUUUAGACAAGGUCAUACCACUGAAGCAGGAAUGAAGAAGCUUGCCUUUCUGGUAUGUUCUAGGUGUAUUGUGAUUUUACUGUUAUAUUAAUUGCCAAUAUAAGUAAAUAGAUUAUAUAUAUAUCUAUAUAUAGUGUUUCACGAAGCUUAGACCUUUACCUUCCAGCCGCCCCACAGUGCUUGAUAUUUCAGAAAGUCAUUGGUUACAUGUGUGUAGUUCCAAAGCACAUAAGCUAGAAGAAGAAAAUAUAUUUCUAGGAGCACUACCAUCUGUUUUCAACAUGAAAUGCCACACACUUAGAACUGCAACAUAAAACUUCAUUGCACAGACUUACUGUAGUUAAUUUUGUCAUAGACCCUGAAUCUAUGGACUGAAUCUCAUGCUUCCAAAAACGUUUGCAAAUAGCAAACAUUGUUAUGCAAGAAAUUAUAAAAUGAAGAUUUAUACCAUUGUGGUUUAAGCUGUACUGAACUAAAUCUGUGGAAUGCAUUGUGAACUGUAAAAGCGAAGUAUCAAUAAAGCUUAUAGACUUAAAA